AUGGGCAUCAAGGGCCUGUUACCUUUGCUCAAAUCAAUCCAGAAACAUUGCACCUUAAAGAAGUUUGCCGGUCAGACCAUUGGGGUCGACGCAUAUGGCUGGCUACACCGGGGCGUGGUGGGCUGCGCCUUUGCACUCGUACAGGACAAACCGACCACUAUCCACAUCGAUUUCGUGCUGAGCCGAGUUCGAAUGCUUCUCGACUUCGGGAUAACACCAUAUCUGGUUUUUGACGGAGACAACCUUCCCAGCAAAGCCGGAACGAAUGCUGCCAGGCAAAAGAAGAGAGAAGAAAGCAAAGCGUUAGGCUUGGAGUUGCAAAAGGCUGGAAAAACAUCUCAGGCGCAUCAGGAAUUCCAGAAAGCGGUAGAUGUCACACCCGUCAUGGCUCGACAGUUGAUUGAGGAACUGAAGAAGCUUAAUGUUCAAUACAUUGUGGCACCGUACGAGGCUGACGCUCAGUUGGUCUAUUUGGAACAAAAAGGUAUCAUCAACGGAAUCCUGUCUGAAGACUCGGAUAUGUUGGUCUUCGGUGCGAAGCGGUUAUUGACCAAGCUCAACCAGUACGGUGAACUUGUUGAGCUAGAGCGCGCGGAUUUUCCGGCAUGCAAAGAGAUCAGUCUUGCUGGGUGGAGUGAUUCAAUGUUCAGACGAAUGGCUAUCCUCAGUGGCUGCGACUAUUUGACAAACAUUGGCAAAAUUGGCCUCAAGACUGCACAUGCAUAUGUUCGCAAAUACAAGGAUAUUGACAAAAUCCUUCGCAUGAUUCAAUUUGAGGGGAAGUUGAUGGUCCCGAACAACUACCUGGAGCAAUUCCAACACGCAGAAUUGACUUUCCUGCAUCACCGUGUCUUUUGUCCCAUCGCAAAAGAGAUGGUCUUCUUGAACGAGUUGGGGCCGGGAAUGAAUGAAUCUGAAAUGGAAUACUUGGGCCCUCAUGUCGACCCAGACACUGUGAUAGGCGUUGCAUGCGGUGACCUGGAUCCGUUCUCAAAGAAACCGAUUCAACUCGGCCAGACGAGGUCAAUGGCCCGCCCAGCACGAGGAGAAAGCAGGAUGUAUAGUUACGCAUCAAUUCCUCAGCCGAAGCCUAAGAAAUCAAUCGAGACUUUCUUUAAGUCUCAGCGUCAGCCGCUCGCAGAGCUAGAUCCAAAUAGUCUUACACCUUCUCCAUCUCAACAACGACUACUGGAGCGCAACCGGAAUGCCGCUUGGGAACCGAGGUUAGUAUCGUCAGCUCCUCCUCCGACACGAGGUGUUACGUCUGUGGUUGGAUCGUCAGCCUUUCUUGCCGGAGUCUCGACAAUGUCCACUUGUCAACCUCCCAAGCGACAGCGGCUGUGCUCGGAUUCCAUGGAUCCCUUACCGACCCGAGAAGUCAAGCAAAGCCCCUUCUUUUCUUCCAAUGUUGAGGAUGUGAGUCCGCUGGCAACCAAAAAGACCAGAAGCAAGAAAAGCAAAAACCCUGCAUUCGAAGUGUUUUCGGAUGAUUCUGUUGGCGAAAUGGCGCUGGAGUGCGAAGUCCAGGCCGUUGCCAGCCCUCUAAAAGGGGGUGCCUUCAAUGAGAUGCUCACACCAUCAGUGACAGGACCAUCUGCAGAUCUUGAUGCAGUAGAAUCAGUCCCUCAAUCUUCACCAGCAGCCGAGCUACCUUCAUACACUUCGAACACAGCCUUGAACGGCUCUUCUCCGUCACGCAAGGCGCCCACCAGUGAUCUCCCUUCAGAGCCCGCAGGAGUUAGGGAAGUAAGGCAAGAAGAUGAUUCUGAAGCAUUCGAAGAUCUUUUAGAAUACCACGUACGAAAGCAGGACGGACAAUUGCUGAAAACAUUCGCCUUUCAACCACAGAAGAAACAGGUAUCAGCACUGCGCUCGCUACCAGCUAGUAUGACAGAGAAGAAAAAGACAUUCUCAGCGCAAUCACAAGAAGUGCAGAUGGCAGCGCUGAGAAAAUUGCCAAAGACCACCAGCAUCCAGGCUUUUUGUCAAGGGGUGUAUCCACACAAAAAUUUCGGACAUCGAACAUCCGAAGUUCGGAAAUCCGCUCUCGAGUCGCUCGACAAGCAAAAGACUGGCUUAGACACUGCACGCAGAGCUGGGGCCGGGUCCAGUGAUACACUAACACCUACAAAUCCAGGAAGCAGACAAGAAAGCAAGGUUGCUGAGGAAGCCGAAGACUCGCCAUGGAAAAUAAAUAGGAAAGAUGAAGUUCGCGGAAGCGAAGAUGCGAUGGUGCCAAACAGUGAAGAUGAGGCUUCAGAGAUGGGGUCGCCGGCGCAAAGACCCCGGUUCGACCUCAGUUCAUUUGCAUUUGUACCUGCAUGA